CCAGCUGUAAGGCGUUUAUUUGAACCCUGAAGACAGUCCGCUGUGUGUUUAGGUCAUUGUAGCUGGCCAGCUGACCCCUCAUGCUUUUGUUCGACGUCCUGAAUCGACAUGGCAUCUAAAUCACUCUAUUCGGGCAGAGACCCGGUGCUGAAGAAGAGGGAUGACUUUGAGGACGUUCUUGAAGAGAGACGCAACUCCAGUGAUUUGAGAUAUGCUCUCAGGUGCUACACGCCCGCUCUCUAUAAAGGCCUGGUGCCCUGCAAGGCCAGCAUGCUCAAAAGCAUCGUCCUCCAGUCUGACUCACUGCAGUAUGUCGUCGGCCAGGUCUCAGCGGAGUGUGGCGAGUCUCGGGAGGCGGUUCAGGAGGAGGCGGCUCUGCUGCUGGAGGAAAUGGCCCACCGGCUGCAGCUCGGCACCAUCCGCUUCUUCGCCUUCACGCUCAGCAAAGCCUUCAAAGCGCUCUUCCGCGGUGUGUGUGUCAACGAGGAGGGCAUUCAGAGACUUCAGCAGGCCAUUCAGGAGCACCCGGUGGUUCUUCUGCCCAGUCACCGCAGCUACAUGGACUUCCUGAUGAUGUCCUACAUCCUGUACACAUACGACCUGGCUCUGCCCGUCAUCGCCGCGGGAAUGGAUUUUAUUAGUAUGAAGUUCGUGGGAGAGAUGCUGCGGAUGUCCGGAGCGUUUUUUAUCCGUCGAUCGUUCGGAGGUGAUAAACUCUACUGGGCUGUCUUCUCGGAGUAUGUGAAGACCAUGCUGAGAAACGGAUACGCACCAAUCGAGUUCUUCCUGGAAGGGACACGAAGCCGAACGGGGAAAUCACUGACACCUAAGACAGGUCUGUUGAAUAUAGUGAUGGAGCCGUUUUUUAAAGGUGAAGUGUUUGAUGUUAAUCUGGUUCCGGUCAGUAUCAGCUAUGAGAGGAUUUUAGAGGAAUCUCUUUACGCUCGGGAGCUGCUUGGAGUGCCGAAACCCAAAGAGUCCACGUCUGGUCUGUUGAAGGCUCGACGGAUCCUCAGUGAGGAUUACGGCAGUAUGCAUGUGUAUUUUGGUCACCCCGUGUCCAUCCGCAGUUUGGCUCAGGGACACAUCAGCCGCUCCCAGCACAACCUGCUGCCCAGGCACAUUCCCCAGAAGCCGACUGCGGACACUCAGGCGUUUGUGAACGACACCGCAUUCCGGUUGGUGCGUCUGCAAGAGGAGAACAUGGUGCUGAAGCCGUGGGUUCUCCUGGCCACGCUGCUGCUGCAGAACCCGGACGGGAUGGACCUGUCCACACUGACCGAACAGGCCGACUGGCUCAGACGCCUCGCUCUGGCCUUUGGGGCGUUUUUAGACUGGCCUGACCAUGAACCCUGCAGUAAGGUGAUCAGCUCCAGUCUGGCCCUCCACAAGAACCUGGUGUGUGUGUCGGGUGGCCGCGUGCGAUUGGUCGUUGAAGAGCUGCCGGGGGCGGAGUCGGCGACCGAAGAGGCGGGGUUUAACCGCGCGGUCAGUGUGCUCUCCUGCGCCUCCUACAGGAAUCAAAUACUGCACCUGUUCGUGCGGCCGGCGCUAAUCGCUGUGGCCAUGCAGACGGCCAACUGCAGCAGGAAAGACGAGGUCUUUAACUGCUUUAACUUCCUGCGGAACGUGUUCUCCAACGAGUUUAUCCUCUGCCCAGGAGCAGCGGUGCAGGACUUUGAGGAAGCGUGUUAUCUGCUGGGGAAGUGUGGUGCAGUUCAGGAGUUACAGCAGGACCUUGUUAUGUCCCAGAGUGGACAGACCACACUGGCCUUUCUGUGUUCUGUUCUGGACCCGUUCCUGCAGGGAUAUCAGGUUGUGUGCCGGUAUCUGUGUGAGGAAUUGGAGGAGAAUCUUCUGGAGAAUAAGUUUGUUCCUGCUGUGAGAAGCUUCACUCUCCAACUCAUUCUCUCAGGAAGUCUGAAGUGUUAUGAAGCCUUAUCAUCAGAUUUGCAGAAGAAUGCUUUAGCUGCCUUGAUACGGUUGAAGGCUGUCAGGAGAGUUAAAGCUGGUGAUCAGGUGACACUGAAGGUCAACAAGAUUGCCGUGAACUCAUUGGAGGACACGUUGGGGGGUAAAAUUCCUACCCAGAAACCUGUCCUCGCUCGGCUGUAAACACACACACACACACACACACACACACACACACACACACACACACACACACACACACACACUCCCCUCGUCGUGUGGAGAGCCAGCCUGAACUGCCUUCAUUACCAUAAUGGCAAAUUUCGCGAAGCGCCGUGGCUUUGCCGACUACAAAGACUGUUUGUCAUCGAGCUUUAAAAAGACUUCACGGGUUCACCAUCUGGGACACGCUCUCUACGAUAUGGGCCUUUCUCCCCCUCUCUGUCACACUGUCUCCCUCUUUCCCUUCCACAUCUCCCUCUCUCUUCUGCUUUUAACGUGUCUCGUAGAAAGAUCCUUCCUGUGUGAUCAACCUCCUCUCCUCCUUUGAGGUCUUCCCAGCCCUCUCUAAUAUGACUGGGCACAUGAAGGCCCCGCUGCAAAAAGUGAUAUCUUGGCACGUGAAAGCACCUUGAAUGUAGGUGAUACGUCUCAUAUUUCUCAUUGUGAGGUCUUUGAAUAUUUAAACAACAUACAGUCAUAUGCAGAAGUUUGAAUACCCCCAGUCAAAUGACAUCACGGCUGUCUGGACAAAACCUCGUAUCUCCAUUUUUGUCGCGACAUAAUUUGAAAAUGCAUGUUGUCCUUCACACCGUGUGUACAUGUCAUGAUGCAUGGACCAAAGGAAACAGCCAAAAACGACUUGGACAGACGUCUGGUUCCCCUGACUUGCAUUAAAAGUAAUGUUAUUAUUUUACAAUACAAGAUUUUGUUCAGACAACAGCGACAUGUUUUGUUGAUUUAAGGUAACACACCCUAUACAAGUAACUUAAAUGUGAGCAUUUUAGUGUAAUAUUUCUAACGUUUUGUGGAAUAAAAUAAAACAUAAUAUAAAACCAUGUCAUGACUUUUACACAGGCCACAUUAUUUUCUCGCCUAGUAUGUUAAUAAACAUUAAUUGUGUGUUAAAAUGUUCAGCUGUUUGUUCUGCGUAGGCAGCUAACUUUCACUUGAAAUCAACAAGAGGUAAUUUGAUCAGGGUGUCAAGCCUUUUGCAUACAACGGCAUUCCUAUAGACACGCCUAAUUUACUUAUCGUACUAGACUAGGUUUUAGUCGUUUCAGUAAAAAAUGUAUUAAAAAAUCACUUUAUAAUUUCUCACUGACAUCAUUUGAGCACAACCGUCGUCCAUUACAUUGUGUGGAAAUUUCGUGAUGAAUGGAUAAAAUAAAUAAAACCACUUUACAUUAACUUGCGUCUAAAUUUAAGAACGUUCUUGCUGUCAUCCUUAGGAUGUUUUUGGGCAGUGACGAAGAAUAAAAUGCCUAGAAAUAUGUUAAAUAAUCCUCUAGAGCCAGUUUCCCAAAACUGGAUUAAGCCUAAACCUAGACCUGGAAGAGUUUUCAGUGUUCGCACUCCAUCGACAAUGAACUUCAGUCCAAGUUUAGGAUUUAUCAACCAGGAAAACAGCACAGCACAGGAAAACGCAAUCUCUCAAUGAGAAAUAUUAGAAAUGAUCCAUAUCCUCAAGAUGGUUUUUGCAGUGCAAUGCUCUUCUUUCCAUCUUUUUUUCAUCCGUUUUCAUCCUUUCUUGCCUUCCAACAAUGUCUGUGACAGCUGGACCCGAGGAGACUACACUUCCACUACGAAAAGUUACUGUUUUGAAAACUCUGAGUUUGCUUUGUUUCCUUUUUUUUUUUUUUUUAACUCACUUAUUCUGCUCGAUUUGGGUGUUUUCUCUUUGCACUCUUUAUUUAUUUCAUUGUAUUCUUUUCUUUGCACAUCAGCGUGAAUUUUCACCAGUGUUUUGCGUGGGAUUAGAGUGUAAGCUUUCCGAGAAAUGUUACAAAAAUGCCACCUUGGCUUUAUUCGCUUUAAUUUUAUGUUUAGGAGUUACUGAACUGAAUAGUAUAAAUUCACGCCAAACGUUUAUCGCUCCUACUGCCAUUCUUCUAAGUUUCAGUCAUAUGAACAAAGUAACCAAAUGCGAUUAUAUAGGGACGUCAGGUGUUUACAUGUGCUUAGUUUUUUUUUUUCUUCUUAAUUUUCUUAGUAGAAAGCUGCGAAAAAAGGAGAACCCUGGGUUUUUAUACUGUAUAGCAGCACAUGCAAACAACUUAAGAGAAAAUGUAUUGUGGAUUGUUCUUUGUUGUCCGUCCUCAAACUAGUUUGUGUAACAGAAGAAGAAUUUUACUUUAAUGCCCUGGAUACAGGCUAUAUUUUCUGAGCUUUAUGAGGUGUUGAAGAUUGAGACGACUAGAAAGGAGGGAAGCUCGUUAUGCAAUUGGCUGAAUGUUUGUGUCUCAAUAAAACUCCAUCUGGGUGAUGUUGAGGUUUAAAUGAUACAGCUGCAAAGGACAGCCUGGAUGGAUGAUGCAAUAUAAUGUGUGAUGGGUCAUUUAGAGAGUGCCUAGUAGGUGGGAUUGUUCAGCUCAGGCACACCCAGUAAACCUGGCAGUUAACAGGCAUGAGUCAUAUACAUUACAGUUUCUGCAUAAUUCACAGUUACAUCACCACUCUAAACAAAGAUCACUACAGUUUCUUGUUUGCGGAGCAUGGAUAGGCCGCUUUGACCGCAGUCUAGACCCGAGAUCGGCAACCCAAAUGUUAAAAAGAGCCAUUUUUUUGCUUUCAACAAAAGUCAAACCACUUUGGGAGCCACAUUUUAUGUCCAUUUAAUUGCAGUAAUGUGUGCAUUUACAUAUAUAGCCAUCUUGG